AUGAUGAAGCAGUACAUUGAGUUUGUGGCGGACAGACUGAUGUUGGAGCUUGGAUUCAACAAGAAGCAACUUUCUCUCAGGCAUUACCUUUUCAAUGCUAUCGAGACACUACCCUGUGUCAAGAGGAAGGCAGACUGGGCCCUGAACUGGAUUGGAAACAAGAAUGCAGAGUUUGGUGAGCGAGUGGUCGCUUUCGCUGCUGUGGAAGGAAUCUUCUUCUCUGGCUCGUUCGCCUCCAUCUUCUGGCUGAAGAAGAGGGGGCUAAUGCCCGGUCUGACCUUCUCCAAUGAGCUCAUCAGCAGGGAUGAGGGACUUCACUGCGACUUUGCCUGCUUGAUGUUCAAACAUCUGGUAAACAAGCCUUCUGAGAAGACGGUUUCCAACCUCAUCAUGGAUGCAGUAGCUAUUGAGCAGGAGUUCCUGACCGUAGCCCUGCCAGUGAAGCUGAUUGGGAUGAACUGUGACAUGAUGAAGCAGUACAUUGAGUUUGUGGCGGACAGACUGAUGUUGGAGCUUGGAUUCAACAAGAUCUACAAGGUGGAGAACCCCUUCGACUUCAUGGAGAACAUCUCCCUGGAGGGGAAGACCAACUUCUUCGAGAAGCGUGUGGGAGAGUACCAAAGGAUGGGGGUCAUGUCGGGUGCCACGGACAACACUUUCAGACUAGACGCUGACUUCUAGGAAGCCCCGGAACAGAAAUAUUGACAUUUUAUGCAGGAGAGUAUUGGGUCCCACUGUACUUGAAAUGGCGCCCAAAACAUCAGUUAUGUUGGUGCCCCUUAUGUGGUGUACACUUGGAGCUCCUGCAAGAUGGCGGUUGUAUGACAUGAACGGCUGCUCUUGGGGAGGCUAGUUGUGGUGCCUAGAACUCUAUAUUUUACAGACUCUACCUCAUUGCUGUGACAUUUCAAACUUGCACUCGUCCAAAUUGCAGCUACCAGUAGUGCUCCCCAUUGCAAACUAGUUUUAAAGAUGAAUCUAUUAACUUGUGUGUUACUUCAGCGUGUUUUAAUUUUUUAACUUGUGAAGUUUUACUGUGGUUUAGAUAUAUGAAUAAAAUUUGUCCCAUGUUUUA